AUGGCCGAGAGUUUCAAUGCUUGGGUUUUGAUUCCUAGGAACAAGAUAAUUAUUUCAAUGUUGGAAGAAAUCAGGAUAAAAGUAAUGACAAGGGUGAGCAGGGCAAGAAAAUUUGCAGAUUCUUGGAUAGAUGACAUAUCUCCAAUAGCAAUGAUGGUGUUCAAUGCAAAUCUAGAAAAAUCAAUGUGCAACAUUAACUGGAAUGAUAAUCAAGAAUUUGAAGUGACUGAAGGGACAUACAAACAUACUGUGAAUCUAAGUAUGUUGCCUCCCAACAAUCUUCUACUGGAAAGAGAAAAAAAAAACAGCACAAUCAACAUGGACAAAACUGAUGGAAAGUAUGGUAACAAGAGGCCAAGAGUUGUGGGUCAAGGUAUCUUUGUUUCUAAAUCUGGAUACACUUGUAUUAAUCAAGGAUUGGCUAGUAGUAGAAGGGUUAAUACAGGCAUAAUGAGUUUGGCACAUGUAACUGGUGAUAUUGGUUAUCAACCAACAAAAGAACUGAAGUGGAAAAAUUUACAUGCUGUUACUCAAAGGAAACUUAAAGUUCAAACAAGAUCAAAAGCUGCUAGAAUUAGGACAAAGGCGCAACUAUUAGGGAAAUCUCCAAUAACAACAAAGAGUACCAAGGCAAAACUUCAUCAAAGAAAAUGCAAAGGGCAAGGAAAAAAGUUCUGCUGA